AAAAAAAUUUCUUAUAUUUUUCACUAUUUUAUCCAUAGAGAAGAGUAGUAGAUAUAAAGAGAAGAACUGGUGGAGAAAGGAAAGAUCAUAUAUUAAGUAUCGAUGAUGAGAAACGUAGGGAGUUCAAGUUCCAGCGGCAAAGGCAUAGCGGCGGUGGUCGGCGUUGGUCCAAAGCUUGGCCGCUCCAUCGCUCGGAAGUUUGCUCACGAAGGCUACACCGUCGCCAUUCUCGCUCGCGAUCUUGGUAGGUUAUCUAGAGUAGCAGAAGAGAUAGCAAGAGAAGAGAAAGCUCAAGUGUUUGCUAUAAGAAUUGAUUGUGCAGAUCCAAGAAGUGUAAGAGAAGCCUUCGAAGGAGUAUUGUCAUUAGGGUUCGUGGAGGUUUUAGUGUACAAUGCUUAUCAUUCUUCUUCUUCUUACGCAAGUCACCAUCCCACUUCUUUCACCCACAUUCCUUUUCAAUCUUUCCAAACUUCUAUCUCUGUCUCUGUCUUCGCUGCUUUUCUUUGCGCCCAACAGGUUAUUCCCGGGAUGAUGGAGAAAGGGAAAGGAACUAUACUCUUCACUGGUUGCUCGGCUUCUUUGAAUGGUGUUGCUGGUUUCUCCGAACUAUGCUGUGGGAAAUUUGCGUUGAGGGCACUGUCUCAAUGCUUAGCAAAAGAAUAUGAAGCUUUUGGAAUACAUGUGGCUCAUGUUAUCAUCGACGGUGUGGUUGGACCUCCAAGAGAAAUAUACAUCGUCCCUCCUCGAGGAAUGGUCGUGGACCAAUCAUUUAACGUAGGAGGCGAAGAUGGAGAAGGAGAAGGAGAAGGAGAAAGCUCGGGGGUGAUGGGAAUGGAUCCUGAUGUAUUGGCUCAAACAUAUUGGUAUCUCCAUGUCCAAGACCGGAGAGCUUGGACCCAUGAACUCGAUAUCCGACCAUCAAACACAAGAUUCUAGCUAGUACUUUAAAUUAUAAUAAUUUGAUUCUUGGGGUUUCUGAUUUUAUUCAAUGUUCUUUGGGCAUAUAUAUAUAUUCAUAUUCUUGUGUUUGGAAUGUAAUUAAGUAUUUUAAAGGGU